ACAACAAUUAUAAGGUGUGGCAGGGGAAUUUGGAUCCACUGUCUAUAAAUACCAACCUGAAUCCUCGGCGUGGAAGUGGCAAAGACCCUCUUCACUCUAUCAGAUAAAAAGGUUCUUAUCAAGCUUCGGAGAAUGGAUACCUUUCUAUUCACUUCUGAGUCAGUGAAUGAGGGUCAUCCUGACAAGCUUUGUGACCAGAUUUCUGAUGCAGUGCUUGAUGCCUGCUUGGAGCAAGAUCCAGAAAGCAAGGUUGCAUGUGAGACCUGCACAAAAACCAACUUGGUCAUGGUGUUUGGAGAGAUCACAACAAAGGCUAAUGUAGACUAUGAAAAGAUUGUACGUGACACGUGCCGUUCUAUAGGAUUUGUGUCCAAUGAUGUUGGCCUUGAUGCUGAUAAUUGCAAGGUGUUGGUGUACUUGGAGCAACAAAGUCCUGAUAUUGCACAAGGAGUCCAUGGCCAUCUCACCAAGCAACCUGAGGAGAUAGGUGCUGGUGACCAAGGCCACAUGUUUGGCUAUGCCACGGAUGAAACACCUGAGUUCAUGCCUCUUAGCCAUGUCCUCGCAACCAAGCUCGGUGCUCGUCUCACCGAAGUGCGCAAGAAUGGGACUUGCACUUGGUUGAGACCUGAUGGUAAAACCCAAGUCACAGUGGAGUAUUACAAUGACAAUGGGGCUAUGGUCCCUGUGCGUGUGCACACUGUUCUAAUUUCAACUCAGCAUGAUGAAACUGUUACUAAUGAUGAGAUUGCUGCUGAUCUCAAAGAGCAUGUUAUUAAGCCUGUUAUACCUGAGAAAUACUUGGAUGAGAAGACCAUUUUCCAUCUCAAUCCAUCAGGCCGUUUUGUCAUCGGUGGUCCUCACGGCGAUGCCGGUCUCACCGGGCGCAAAAUCAUCAUUGACACCUAUGGUGGUUGGGGAGCUCAUGGUGGUGGUGCCUUCUCUGGGAAGGACCCUACCAAGGUGGACAGGAGUGGAGCCUAUAUUGCUAGACAGGCUGCAAAGAGUGUUGUGGCUAGUGGACUUGCUAGAAGGUGCCUUGUGCAAAUUUCAUAUGCAAUUGGUGUUCCUGAUCCAUUGUCGGUGUUUGUUGACACUUACGGAACAGGAAAGAUUCCAGACAAGGAGAUUCUGAAGAUUGUGAAGGAAAAUUUUGAUUUCAGGCCUGGAAUGAUUUCCAUUCAUUUGGACCUUAAGAGGGGUGGAAAUGGAAGGUUCUUGAAGACUGCUGCUUAUGGUCACUUUGGAAGAGAUGAUCCUGACUUCACCUGGGAGGUGGUGAAGCCUCUUAAGUGGGAGAAGCCACAAGAGUAAGGUUGUUUGCCAAGAAAGUUAUGAUAUGUUGGUUCUUUAGCUGCUUUCAUGCCAGGGUUCUGUGGUUUGUUUUUGCCUUCUCUUUUGGGUCUUUUUUUUUUUACUGUUUUUCUCCACCUCCGCUUUGUUACUUCUUUCCCACAUUCAAAGUCAUGUGUACUGAGCAGAGUAUUUAGAAAAUAUUAGGGACUGUGAAAUAUCAUGUUUGAAAAUCAAUUGCCAUUAUGAUCAAUUUUUAUUCUUCACGAGUCUUCUCUGUUGUUCAUAGACCCUAAUAUCGGUUACCCGACACAAUAUAGGGAGGUGGCAAGCCCUAAAAUAAGUUCUCCCCCUCCCUAUAGAUUCCUUAAGAAUGGUAUCUGUAAACGUUGUCUGCAACUUUGUACUUGCAAAAGAGAAUCAAGUAAUCCUCAAGUUGAAGAGACAUGAAGAACGCAUGCAUAUUGUUAUUAAAAGGGGUAAGACAGAAUGUACAUAUCAGUAUUCGACAAUAUGUUUACACAUCAUGGCAGAUUAAUUCAGUUAAUGCAAAUAGGAACCAUCUUAGAGAAUUGAGAAGGAAUUGCUAUGACAUCAAGUAGGUAGGUUGUGCCCCUUAAUGCUUCUCCAGCAUUUUUAUUUUUGAAUGGGUUGAUGCAUUUAGAAUUAGAACACACAGACAUAUUUUGUAUUUUUAAGCACAGCCACUGCUUAGGUCCAACAUAUAUAAUUUUCUUCGU